AUGGCGGAGCGCGCGGGCCAAGAUGGCGGCGUCAAUGACCUGACGCCGGAGGAAGUCAGCCGCAUCAUUCAUUCUCACCGCAAGGUGCGCUACGGAACCGCCUCAUCCGUGCGAGAACUGUCCGCCGCAUCAAACAAAACUGGCAACGCAUCUUCGUCGGCGGCCACGAAUCGCAAGAGACAGCAUUCGGAGCCAGAAGAGCAGGAGCCGGAGACGUCAUCUCGCAAGUCGGAUCGCCAGGAGAGCUGGCCACGAGCCAUCGGAGCUCUUGAUGAAACAGAGCCCGUGAGCGAUCGCUACGUCGGCCAAAACAGUAUCCCUGCGCUGCUGCGCGAGCAGUCUACACCCAGCGACAAAAACGACAGCGUCGACUUCCGAAGAGACAUGCGGUCCAUACUUGGGUUGGACAAUUCUGCGCCUUUCCCGCUCAUGUCACAGUAUCACAUGCACCGUAUAGCGCAGGACAUUUCGAAUGAGCUGCCUUCAGAUCGAGAGGUUAUGAAACUUUUUAGAUCAUACAAAGAGAUCCCACAACCAUUUUGGGGGUUCGUUGUCGACAUUGACGAUUUCGAGUCGAAGCUCAUGGUAUAUUUGGAGGAACGAUCGCGCAAUGCGUCAAUUCAGAACAAGUCUUCUCGGCCCGUUUCUGCUUCCUGGCUAGCCAUUUUGUUCGCAGUCAUGGCAGUAGGUUCUCAGUAUCAUGAGUCACCAUAUCACAUACGUACUCGUGAUUCUCAAAAGUAUAUCCAAAUAUCCUUCCACUUCCUACGACUUGCAAAUUUUCUAUUACGACCAUCGUUUGAUUCCAUUCAAGCGCUACUACUAUUAAGCUUCACGCUUCUCAAUGACAUGAAAGCUGAGGCGUCUUGGGCACUCACUGGUCUAUGUUGCCGACUAGCGCAGUCAUUGGGCCUUCACCGGCCCAAUGCCCCGGAAACGAACGACGAUGGCGAACCCAACAUUAAAGAAAUGACCCGAAGAAAGCUGUGGUGGAAGUGUGUCUGGCAUGAUACCCUCACUUCCCUAUCUUUCGACAGAUCACCCAUGACAAACUUUCCGAGCUGCUCGAUUCCCGUCAACCUACAAUCUUCGAAUGGCGAGUAUGCAUAUCUCGAAAUGAUGUACCACUUGAUUGAGAUUAUAUCGAGGCGGCUGAAUCCAGAUGCUAUGGCCACACCGUCGUACGCAGAGAUAGUGGACAAUUGCGACGCGGUAGAAGCCUUGCGCACUCGAGCAUCUGCGCAUAUGAAAGACAAGGACAAGUGCAAAACGGCAUUGGAUCGUUUGCAGUAUUUUGCCAUCCGACUGCACACGUCCUUUGUCAUUUCAGUUGCCUGCAGACCAGCACUCCGCAGAAAUUCCAACCUCGACCCGGAGCAGAAAAAGACGCUAGCGGCAAGAUGCGUAGUCAACCUCACCGAAACAGUCAAGAUGUUUCUCGCUAUGCAUCAGCUCUCUGUGAUUCCGACACGCAGCUGGGCCUUUACGUACCACGGCCUCUCCUCCGCGCUCCUUCUGGGCAUCCUGUGUGACACGCGGGCUGAUCCCGAGGUGCGACAGCUGCAGGGUGAUCUCAUCGCGGCCCUCUCGGCUACUGCUGCUAAAGACGUCAGCUCUCCUGAACCGCAUGUCGUCCGCACCGACAAGGACAUUGAACUGUCUGGCCCACUGUGGCGUGCGCUCACGGCGCUGAAGAGCAUCUACGACCACGGCUCCAUCACAAACAGUUUCAAGCGGGACGCUGACUCGUCUGCGGGCGGUAGUGGCACCCGCACGCCGUUGAUGCAGCUGCCUCCUGGGGUCCAAGGUGUGCCUCUAUAUCAGCAGUACCGCGCUAUUCCGCCCGGUUCGGAUCCGCGCGAGGAUGCGGCUCUUGCCAUGGCAGAGAUGCAGAAUGGCGCAUCAUUGCAGGACUUUCAAAACUCGCUGUCCGCACCUGGGCAGGUACCCAUGCCGGUUGGCUUCGAUGGGCUCGGCACAGAGGGGCCGCAGCUGAUGGCGCCCAUGGAUCUCUAUGAAUCCAUCUGGGGAGAAUCGCCUGAUCCUUGGAAUCCCGGCGCCGAGCCCAUGAACUUUGACUUUUUGGCGCAGCCUCCGCCGGGACAGUCGCAGCAUCAGCUAUACUUUUGA